AUGGCCUUGAGUCGUCGAGAUGUGAUCCUAGCUGGUAUCGCCGUAUUUUUUGCAUGGGGAUUCGCUACCAAUUGGAUCCCGACCUUACGCUGGGUUGGAUAUGCAUUUGUCGCAGGACUUAUCGUACCCGUCGUGGGGCUCAUAGCUUUGCUACUUCUCACAUCCAGAGGUUCCCAAUAUGCGGAAGAACGUAUUGUCCGUCGACCAAACGGACCUGCGUUCCUGGCAGCGACGAGAUGGAAGAAGGAGAUAGCUGCGUUACGCACACGACAAAUUCACAUCCGAAAGCCCUUGGUUCCCGACUCGUUCAUAGUAUCAUGCGCCCUCGACGAUUUGUUAGACCUGAUACUUCGCGAUUUUGUGGCAUCGUGGUAUGGAAGUAUUAGCAGGAAUCCGACAUUUACCAAUUCGGUCGACAAGACGAUAAGGUUGGCUCUUGUCAAUCUGCGUGAGCGAUUCCUAGCCAUAGAUUUGGUGGAGGUUGUCACCACUCGUUUUGUUCCUAUUUUGACGGGACAUUUCAAGGAGUUUUAUAAUGCAGAGGUUGCUAUCAGAGGCAAGAAUUUAAAUCGGAGUGUUACGGAAUCUGAUGAGCUGGACCUUGCGAUUGCCGCGAAAUACAAUGAUGGAAAGCUACACUCUGCUGCAUCUCUGGCCUAUUCAGAUCUGAAGCUGGUGCAACAGGAAUAUCUGCGAGAUUUGACACAAAAGCUUCUGCCGGAAAUUCUACCGGAGAGUGCUAUCGGGAGUCGUGCAGUAGCUGUUUUGAUCAGGGAAUUGUUGGCUUGUGCAGUCCUUUUCCCCAUUAUGCAGAUGCUUUCUGAUCCUGAUAUGUGGAACCAGAUAAUGGAAGCAUAUGGUCGUUCCAUGCUUCAGGAUAGGUCGACGGUACGAAAACUGCGAGCUGCUCUAGAUGAGCAUGCAUCACCUGCUCCUAAAUCAAAGCGCGCAGCACAAUUUCCAAGACUUUCUCCCGGGGAUCACGAAAGGAGGUUUGAGAAAUUUAUUCGUGCUAUUCGGAAGACCAACAAUUUAUCAGAUGCCAGAAGAUUUCGAAGUGAGGUAUCUAGUCAGUUUAAAAGAGAUGCUCUGAAGGAAGGCCAAGAUCCGGUAUACUUGCGACGACUCGAUAUUGGAAAGAGGGUUUUGGAUGAAAGAGUUAAUCAAUUGGCUGCCACAGGUGGUCGUGGAGCUCAAGUGUCGCAACCAGGUCGUAAUGGCGUUCAGGCUUCAAAGCUCGAAAAUGCUUCACUCGUGGAUCUCCUACACGAUCCUUCCGGUCUUUCAUACUUCAUGGAAUACAUGGAUAGACAGAACUGUAUGUCUCUCGUACAGUUUUGGAUUGUCGUCGAUGGAUUUCGAAAUCCUCUUGAAGAUGAUGGUGCAGACGACGACGAAGUCCCUACUACUAUUGCUCCUUGGACCGAGGCUGAUAGGACGGAUCUUGCCCAAAUAAAUGACGCGUAUCUUUCCAAACCAGAACUUAAAGUUCCAGAGACAUCGAGGCAAAUUGUCCAGGAAUUUCUCAAAGCUGGAAACAAGGCAACCUCAAAGCAAUACUUCAUGGCUAGAAGAGCUAUCUUACGUGCUCAAACUUCUGCACUUGAAGUAAUGCAAGAUAAAUUUUACCCAUAUUUCAAAAGAUCAGAUCUUUUCUACAAGUGUCUCACAUCUCAGGAAGCCUCGAAGGUUCGGCAGCCUUCCCCUGCACCGUCGCUUAAUAUGGAAAAUACAAUGCGAAAACCUGCGAUAGUUCCUAGGGCAAACAGUACCAUGACAGUCAACACACGUUCUCCUUCAUUCUCCAGAGUUUCAUCAAAGUUGGGCCCUAAGAGAGCAGAUUUGCGAAGGACUGCCAUGUCUUUUACCGAUCUAACCACUCAUCAACCGGACCAAAUGUCAAAUUCUCGAGGAUCUCUAGAUGAGGAGGCUCCUCUAUUUGACGAAGAAGAUUUGGACAGCGAUGCAAUGGCAAACUCAAUCAUGAGCCUUGAUCAGGAGCCUGAAGUGAUUGUACCAGAUAACAACGUUGUGCAAGCUAUGGAAGCAGCCUUGAACACGAUUAUGGAGGAUAAUCCUGACAUUGAUGAUCUUCGAAGUUCACUAUUCGGUCCCAAUGACAUUUUGGACUCGUCAGUUCCGAGUCUUAACUCUACAUCGAACAACAUCUCAAAUAGGAGCUCAAGCGAUCAAAAGCGCGCGGAUUUAUUUGGAUUUGAGAAUGGAAAAGGGGUAGACAGACAUGAACGAACGGAAAAGCCAAGUAUAGCAUCUCUCGGUCUUGUGAAUACCUCAUCUAGAAUUGGUGUUUUCACGGAUAACGAUUUAUUUGGGGAUGAAGAGAAAUUCCUUUCUGACGAACAUGACGAUCCCGAGAAAGAUGAGGAUGAAGAUACUCAAGAUGAAGUUCAUGAAGCAGCUCCUGGAGAUUUGGGUCUAGCAGAGGCUAUCACGAUUCUCACCACUGAUAUUGAUCGACUCAUAGCUCAAGAUGCUGUUGUUGAUUCAUUAACAAGGAAAGCGGAACUCACCAACAAUACAGCCGAGCUUAGAAUUCUCCGGAAGUCUAAAGCUAGUCUAGAACGAGAGAUUCGUCGCAAGGAACUUCAGCGGCAGCAAUAUGUCAUUCAAGAGAGUGAUAAUAGUCUAUAUGGACGUUCAACAAUCAAAAUCAAGUCAAUCAUGGUUGGAAAAGAGGAUGAUGGCCGAGAGUACGCCGUUUAUGUUAUUGAAGUGCAGAGAAAGGCUGGAGAACAAAUGCCAGCAGCUACUUGGACAAUUACUCGUCGCUACAGUGAAUUUCAUGAACUUCAUCAACGAUUAAGAAUCAAGUAUCCAUCAGUAGGGCAUCUUGAUUUUCCUCGUAGACGAAUGGUUAUGAAAUUGCAAGGUGAUUUUCUUCAAAAGCGACGUGUGGCUUUAGAGAAAUAUCUUCGAGAGAUUCUUCUGCUGCCAGAUGUAUGUCGAAGUCGAGAAUUGCGUGCAUUUCUUUCACAAAGUGCUCUCGCUCCAGACUUAGAAGACACGGAUGCUAUCGACAAUAAGAAAGACAUCAUAACAAGGUUUUACAACUCAGUAACAGAUGGCAUGGAGGAUAUCCUUGGAAACAUUCCAGUCCUAGAUCAACUUUCGGUUGCGGGACAAAACCUUUUAUCGGCAGCUACUAAUCAACUCAUUACUAUGCCUGGGACAAUUAGCGAAGAUCCCCUGACAGCAGCCGAAGCAGAAGCCGAACUCAAUGCAUUUGAGGACCGUGAACUCGAGCCCUUCGUGAAACCUAUUUGCGAUAUCUUUCUUGAAGUCUUCGAACUAAAUCGUGGAAAUAACUGGUUACGUGGUCGUGCAGUCGUAGUCGUACUUCAUCAACUCCUGGGUGGAACAAUUGAAAGAAAAGUCCGUGAAAAUGUUAAGGGUCUUGUACAGGAUGAUAUGUUGGUGAAGUAUAUAUCGAUAUUAAAGGAAUCAAUGUGGCCUGGAGGACAGAGAAAAGUGGAUGGCAAAGUUAGGACAACGGGCGAGAAGAGUAAGAGUAGAAAGGAAGCAAGUUUGAUGCUAGCUACUUUGAUACCAGAAUUGGCGGGAAGCGUGGUGGGGAGAGUUAAUGCUCAGGCGGCUAGUAGAAGGAUUUUUGCUACGUUUAAUAAUCCGAGGUUGAACGUUCACACUAUUAGAUGA